CACAUGUGUACAGUAGUCGCUCCUUGAGAUUGAUAGCCUAGAAACUUAUAAUUUAGUAUUUAGUAGAAGUAUCGUGUGAAGAAGAAAUUUUAUACCGAUGAGUCGAGUGGGUUUGUCAAAUCCGUUACCUUCUCGCCUAGAACGGUAUCAACUAGUUUCUUUUGUAACAAGAAGACCUUUUGAAAUAAAGGAUGAAGAUUUAAUGGGAAGAUGUCGUAUGGUAACUGAAUUCGAAAAGCUGAACAGAAUAGGAGAAGGAACCUAUGGAAUUGUUUAUAGAGCAAGAGACACUCAAACGAAUGAAAUAGUUGCAAUGAAGAAAAUGAGGAUGGAAAGAGAAAAAGAUGUUGUGGAACAUUGUCAAUUAGUUUUAUGUUCAAAUCCAGAUAAAGAUUUUACUGUUCUGUUAAAAGCUGUAUUUGUAAAAGUACAAAAUGAAGAAUGCAUUGGUAGUUCUGGAACUGGAACUGUCCAUGUUAAAUGCAUCAUGUUGCAGUUAUUUUCUGGACUACAGUAUUUGCAUAAAAAUUUUAUUGUUCAUAGAGAUUUGAAAGUUUCCAAUUUACUUCUGACUGAUAAGGGGUGCUUAAAAAUUGCUGAUUUUGGUCUGGCUAGAAAAUAUGGUCUUCCUGUAAAACCAAUGACUCCUAAAGUAGUUACAUUAUGGUAUAGAGCUCCUGAACUGCUAUUACAGUCUAAAACUCAAACCACAGCUAUAGAUAUGUGGGCAGCUGGUUGUAUUUUGGGAGAAUUACUAUUACAUAAACCACUUCUACCAGGGAGAUCAGAAAUUCAUCAGUUAGAACUUAUUGUUGAUUUGUUAGGAACUCCAAAUGAUAGUAUUUGGCCUGUAAGCUUAACAAAUUUUAUUUUGAUAGUUGGAUGGCCAAGGUGGUUAAGCUGUCAGACUACUACUGUGGAGUUUUGGGAUCAAAGAAUUUUUUAUGGACAGUCUGUCUCUUAUAUGUCAAACUUUGUCCCUCACUAG